AUGAGCCUAGCUCAAAUAGCCAAAUCUUUCAAUAUUGAAAACGGGAAAAGAGAUUUUCCGCGCAAAUUCACACAAAGCCGUUUCUUCGAUUACGAAGGACCAAUCCCCGGCGAUGAAUAUUACGGGUUGGACAAUAAACCGGCACAAAAACGGAAAGAUUUGAAAGUAUUUUUGGAGACCGAACGAUCAUCAGGACGAGUUUUCAACUCUAUUGACGUGCUUUAG